AUGACCACCACCCACCCUCUCGUGUUUUGUCUGAAGCACGGGAUUUGUGUCACUGCACACACUCCACUAGGAGGUGCUGGAGCAAAGGCUGGAUGGGUCUGGCCGAAAAAAUACAAAAAGACUGUUGCCCAGAUCGCUCUUCGCUGGGGCAUUCAAAGGAACACUGUGGUCAUUCCUAAAUUGUCAAAACUGGAGAGGUUGAAAGAGAACUUUCAGGUUUUCGAUUUUGAGUUGUCUAAAGAGGACAUGGAGCUCAUUGGAAGUAUAUGUAGAAAAUAUCGAACCAACCAACCAGCUGUGUUUUGGGGCAUAGAUUUGUAUGCGUGA